UUCAAGGAGGACUCAAUAGCGAUGGCUUCUCACCCACCCGUUCCUUUACCAGGAAACCCAGCCGGAUAUUGAAUGAGCGACCCCAUCGAGGAGGUGGAAAUAGCCGGCCGGAAGCUUGCCAUCCACGGCGGCCAAGACGUCUGCGACCCGGUCACCGGCGCAGCCUUGACUGGCUCAUGGCUUUGGUGUUCCGCGUUGGUCUUGGCCGACUGGAUGGGCAGACUGGAUCCCUCGACGUUUCAAGGUAAAACCGUGCUAGAGCUCGGCGCCGGUACUGGGUUGCCCGGGUUGGUGGCCGGAUUGCUGGGCGCAGUCCGGGUCACCUUGACUGAUGUAGGUGCGCUGCUGCCGGGCCUUAGGCGGAACGCGGAAGCCAACGGGCUAGACGGGUGCGUGGAGGUCAAGGAGCUAGUUUGGGGCGCCACGAGCCCAGACAAAAUAGGUCCGGCUGACUUGGUACUAAUGUCCGACUUGUUCUAUGACCCGGAGUCGAUGCCCAGCUUGGCCUGGACCCUCAAGGGGCUAUGUAAGAAGGGCACCAUCUUGUUGGCUGCCACGGAAAUGAGGGCGAGUGCCACCGAUUGCUUUAACGUACUAAUGGGGGAAGGCUUCGGCAUGUUCCUAGAACACGAGUGCCAAGAGUACGCCAUCUUCACCAUGCGCCCCCCCCCCCCCCUUAUUUUUCAGUAACAAGCACAAAGAGUGAAUAA